CUGUCACUGCUGAAACUUCUUGUCUCCUUUUCCCUCCCAAGAAAUUCCAGCCAUUUCUUGUGCAACAGAAUGAGACCUCUGCCCCACCUGGCUUCUCCCCAGCAAUAGCUCACAUUGAUUUCUUCCUUCUCCACUACCUCCACUCAGUCAUCUCUCUCUCCUCUUUCUUUUUUUCCUCUCUUUCUGAUGCUUUGACCUGCUCUGUCUCCCAUCUUCUCCUCUGCCACUAACUAAAGCAGAGGGAGAAGUGGUAGAAGAACUGAAGAAGAGAGCAGAAAGAGGCGCAGGGGAGGGAGAGGAGCAAGAUGUUCGAUAGCUUGCUCCACUCCAAGUUCUACAACAAAUGCAAGCACGCGAUAAAAUGCACCCGGACUCGGCUGGAUCUGUUGCGGCGGAAGAAGCAAGCGAUGGUGAAGUUCCUGAAGAAGGACGUCGCCGACCUCCUCACCAACGGCCUUGAAUCGCACGCCUUCGCACGGAUGGAAGGUCUGAUUAUUGAGAUGAACCAAUCAUCCUGCUAUGAUAUGAUUGAGCAGUACUGCGAGUAUAUAGUGAAGCAGCUCAACAACCUGCAGAAAGAGAGUGAAUGCCCUCAGGAAGCCUUGGAAGCUGUGUCUACUCUAAUAUUUGCUGCUGCUAGAUAUCCUGAUUUGCCUGAACUGUGUGACCUCAGAUAUAUAUUCACAGAGAGAUAUGGGAGUUCCAUUGAGGCUUUUGUUAAUUCAGAGUUUGUUCAGAAGCUUCAGAAUAAAUCGUUUACUAAUGAAGAGAAGUUGCAAGUGAUGAAAAGUGUUGCUGAAGAAUUGUCAGUUCCGUUUAAUAGCAAGGCAUUGGAAUGGAAGAUAACUUGUGGGCUUCAAAAUGAGCAUGAUCUUCCGAAGAAGGGUUCUCUUAAACAGGUAGAAGAAGCUUCAGCACGAAAUGGACAGAAGGUCAAUAGGCAUGCCAUGCAUGAAAGAAAAUCUAAAGCUACACCCGAAGGCUAUGAACAGAAGCAGGCCAAAGAUAUCCAUGUCAUUCAUGAUGGCAUUGGUCAAUUAGGCGAGGAAAAUCGUAAGAACUACUCAGAUAAACCUAAUGAGAAAAGACAAAUGGAUAAUUCUUUGCCUCCAUUGGACAUGAAAGGAAGGAAUGAUCAGAAAGACAUUAAGAAAUAUGACAAAAAGGAUGGUCACCCUCGGAGGGAACUGAUGAAUGCAGAGGAGUUAGACCUCAAUGGGUUAAAGAAACAGGACGUGGGUGCAGUGAAACCUGCUGGUGGCCCUGAUCGUAGUUGGGGACAUGCUGACUUGGGGCUUAAAACUCUGGGCCUAAAAAAGCAAGGGGAAACAGUGAACAAGGCUCCUCCUUAUUCUAAGCCCUACAGAGCAACGGGUGAGAAGUCUGCUGAAGAAAAUACCAAUAGUUUGUAUGAUAGACCAAAGCAUGCAAGAGAGUUUGGACAGCUGAUGCAAGAUAGGCAGCAUGUGCCAGAGAAGGCAGUCAAUAUGCGGCCUCCUUAUGUGAAGCCAAAUUUUGAAAAGCAUACAAAUCAAGCUGUGAAUGGUUGCAAGCAUACCGGUGCCGAAGAAAUAGGCCACCUGAGGGGUGAACCGGUUUAUGAUACACCUCAUCCUGUUUCCGUCAGAAGGAAGAAUGCAAAACCACCUGCAGAUGUUGAUGCUUAUGAUGGAAUGGCUAAUGAGGAAAUGAAGACAAACCAAAUACCUGAUGACCGAAGAAGACAUUCGAGCAAGAGGAAUGGUGCCUAUGACGACUAUGACCAGAAAGGUGGUCGUAUGCAACCCCUUGAAGGCAUUGGGGCUAAUGAUGAUAUCAACAACGCAAGGCCUUUUCACCGAGCUCCUAGUGAACGAAGAAAACACAGAAGCAGGCGCAAUGGACCGACAAGUGGCAGCGAUAACAAUGGGGCCAUUGAUGACCAUGAGUCGGAGGAGGAUGAGGCGAACACUGCAAUUGAUUUUGGCAAUCUUCUGACCCGAGCCCCUAGUUCACACAGGAAACACAGGAGUCGGAGUGCUGAUCCCCGCAAGGGAGGCCGUGAUGACGAAGAAAGGAUGAUGGAUAAGCUUCUGAUGCACUACAGCAAGAAAGGGACAGGUAGGGAGGAGCGCAAAGAAAGAGUGAAAUCCCGGAUCCCCCGACCUAGAGCCGAUCAACCUGCUGAUAGUGUCAUAAAACUAUCUAGCAAAGAAGAGACACCUGCGCAUCCUCCUGAAAGAGCUUUAUCUCUGCCUUCAGAAUCUGCAAGCCUGAAGGCGAAGCCGAAGGCCCCUGUUCGGUCCAUGUCCAUGCAGCCAGAAAAGUCUAGAGGGAAUGUGCACCCAAGAAUGCCAGAUUUCGACGAACUGGCUGCGCGGAUCAGCGCUCUGAGGAACGCAUGAGCUGCCACUAGACUGUAUUUCAGAAUUGUCUCUGUUCUUUCAGGAACUUCUAUCAUAGCAUCUGAAAUCUAAUGGUUCCUGGGGUCACGAGAAUGAGAGAAGACAUCUGUGAUAGUUUCCUGCUUCCUUGCAACCUUUCUUGGUAUACUUGCUUGUGUUGCUCUCAGUGUCUUGGUAUUGGCAGGAGCAGUUAAAUGGUGAUUCAUAGGGAUACCAUAGCAUUACUACAUUGAUUUGGAUGUGGUUGUUUGUUGUACUCAUAGAACAAUUGUUGUCAGUGUGUAGAUGCCAUUAAUGAGGCUAUAAUGAUAACUUUCUUCUUAUUUACAGUUUA